AUGAAGGUACCUUCAUCUCAAUCACUGGAUCAAUGUCUCUCAACCACGAUUGAUCUGAUUCAGCAACUCCUUGUUGCAAUGGCUGAGCAACAAGUUGAUGAUCAACGCGUUUCACAAUUGGCUCUUGCGAUCAAAGACCAAAUCACUCACCUUGACAAAAAGUUUAAAAAGAACAUGAUUUCACAACUUUUAGUCAAGAGAUUGUUCUCUUUUGGUUUGUACGCUCAUCAGGAUUUCAAUUCUACCAUAUUUAAGUUCAACCUCAAGGAUGUACAAGAGUUUGUUCGGCAGUGCAAGAGAAAGACUCCACUUUUGUCACUUAUUGAUGAGAUUUACUAUCACGUGCCCUAUGAAUUGAAGGACAGCCUGUGUAAAGUUGUAGACACCGUCACAACAGAAAGGUAUACUAGAAACUACUCUUCCAAUUUAAUCUAUCGAGAAAUUGAAAUUUAUGAUCAGGAUGAAGAUAGUGAUGAUGAAGGAGAAUGUAACAAUCAAACAAUUGAAAAAGUUGUCUCCAGAAAGAAGUUGGAGAAGAAAACAAUCAUUAUCGAUGAAGUACACCAAAAAAUUUAUUGGGCGAAAGAAUCUAUCGAAGAUUUUGUGCUCUUUUUCAAGAUGAAAAGUUUGGUAGCUAGUAGUGAAAAUACCUUUCAACACGAACAAGAGAAGGAAACCCUCUCAGAAAUCAUGGCACUAAUUGAGCAUAUCAGAAAAGAUCAAGUUCAAACCAUUGUUAAGGCAAAUACUAUAGACUUUGACAUUCUGGAAUCCAUUGAAGACCCUCGCAUCAGACAACAAAUUAAUGCGAUCAAAAAGAAAAAUACAGAGAAUCAGAAAAUUAGAGAACUGUUUUCGAAGGGCUUCAACAGUAAUCAAUUUCAUUUCAUAUUGGAAUUUAUUCAAAAUGCCGAUGAUAGCGUGUAUCCUGACAACUCAACUCAUGGCACAGUUGACCGUAACAAGAAAGGUCAUUUGAUAUUCCACUUUGACUCCAAAUCAAAAACAUUGACAAUAACAAGCAAUGAACGCGGCUUUACGUACGAUAAUUUGUAUUCUCUAGCCGGUAUAGCUUCAUCAGAUAAGGUGUCAAACAAAUUAGAAACCAAGAGCAUUGGAGAAAAGGGCAUUGGGUUCAAGACUAUUUUUUCUGUUUGUGAUAACGUACUGUUGCAGUCAAACGGAUUCGAAGUUAAUCUUACUCCAGACUCAGUCGAACCUACUUAUUCUGAAUCCAAUUUCAAUUUUAACAAUGGAACCAGAUAUGAGCUGAAAUUUCCCAAUUCUAUUGAAAAUUUCGACUACUUGAGCGUUUUUGAUGAGCACAUUUUGUUGACUUUGAAAUCCUUGGGAAAGAUUUCUUUCAAAAUAGAUUCAUCAGUCUAUGAAUAUUCUUGCGAGAUGUGCGAAGGGCAGCAAGUACUUUAUGCUUUUAGGAAUGGAAUUGAGACAAGUCGAAAGCAAUUCUUUUGUUUUACCGAAAUGAUAGACAUGACUCAGUUGGCCAAAACAUGUCAAAAAAGAGCAAACUUUGACAGCACUACACUUCAAAUUUUCAUACCAACAGCUGUCCGCCUUGACCAAACGUUUAAAGUGCAUGCCUUUCUUCCUGUGAAUGCUGACUCUGCCGCUCUUAGAUUUUUAGUUCAAUCCGAUUUUUUGCUUUCACAAAAUAGAGAAACAAUUUUAGAUAACAAUUGGAAUAAGGAGAUCAUUUCUCAUAUUGCACCUUUAUUCAUGAAAUCCUAUGUUGGUUCUCUGAAGCAUGAUGUUAAUUGGAGAGCCGGGUUUUUUACCUUGUUAACCAAAAAACCGAAAGGCCUAUUUGAGAGAUUUUCCGAAGAUAUUAGGAAACUUGCACUUACUACCGAUUGUAUCUUAACAUAUUCUCCAAAUGGCAGAGAAGAACGCUUUGUAAAGCCCUCUCAAGUCAUUAGAGGGUUUACAAAGCUUCCAAAGCACCCAUAUACUAUGUUUGGUGAGGAGUUUUGUUUUAAUGUUUUACAAAAGUACAGUAUUAACUCAGAAUUAGAUGAGAACAUUUACUGCACUCAAGAAUUGCAAAUAUCCGAAUUUACAUCACAGGACUUUAUGAAGCUUUUGAAAUCAUGUUCCCAAGAGCAAAUCAAAGCCAAUAUCCUUGGAAUAUUUCAUUUGUUGCAGCAUUUUUCAGUUGAUCUAAGCCGAGUGGGCUUUCCAAUCAUUUUGACUGACAAUGGGACUUUAAUCUCAGGUACACAAUAUGUUAUUAUAGACUCAAAGCUUCCUAAAUUGUUAAUCCAAGAACUAGAAAAGCAUAACAUUUAUUUUUUACACUACUCCCUUGCAAAAUUCAAGGCCUUGAUACCCAAACAAUUAGACAUUUCUUCCGUAUUUAAUUCUAAUUUCAACAAUUCUCUCACAUUUGUUGUGCAAGUAGCAUGUGAUAUUCAAUACGAAUACGGUAAAGACUUCAACAUCAAGUGUUUAACAACUAACGGGGAGUGGAAAGAUUGUAGAGAAUGUUAUGAACAAAAUUUGAACACAUCAUUUUUAGGGGAUACUGUUAGUUUUUGUGACAUUCAAGCAUGUUGUAACAUCGUCUCAGAAUUUGACAAAUCAUUAGCAAGAACAUUAGUGCAACUGCUUAAGCGUAGAGGAUUGCGAGUAGUACCUCAAUUAUUUAACUCUUUUCUCGCUCCUAGAAACGAGUUCACAUUGCUCAAGAAUCAUCAUGAUACCUAUGAAAAGUUAUUGCAGUAUUUCGAUAGGAACUGGCACAUCUAUGAACAUAAUCAGCAACAGUAUAUUUCCCAUUACUUAAACACAGUGGUCAUAAUGAACGAUUGCUCAAUCAGUGAUCUAUACGAUGGCUCUCUUCAACAUGAGUUUGGAUCAUGUUUGACAUAUUUUCCAACACUCAACAACAGCCAAUUUGCAUCGUCGUUAAAUUAUAAGAAAAAAGCUGAUUCUAACGCAUACAUGAAGCUUGUUGAAAAAUCAAGCGAGCUUGGGGUAGACCAAUUUACACGAGCUAUAUUGAAGGCUAUUCAAAAUAACCAACAAUACCAGCUCAUAGACUUGUUGAAAACAAAACCUCUUCUCUCAAGCAGUGAAGGAACUCGCAUCAAAUUUGAUACAGACAAAAUUUUUGAACAUGUUCCCGGUUACAUCAAGAAGUUACAUCCAACCAUCCACGAACUUGAUCCUAAAGUAGUUCCUUAUAUUCGUGCACUAACGGAAAAGUUGUGGUCCCCAAGACUAAAAACUCUUCCCUAUGACCUAAUCAUUACUGUACUUGAAACAGAUGAAAAGAUAUCAUACGACAACCAAAUACAGCUAUUGGAAUGUGUAAUCUGUCAUGGAGAUGAAAAGGAAAAGAAAUCACUACUUUCCAAGAAAAUAUUCACCGUUGGAGGUUGUAAACUCUCAGCUGCAGAAUUAUGUUGGAAGUUAGAUCCUUCAAUCAAGUUUCCACCCAAUAUUGAGACUCGAUUACUUGAUCCUCUUUUUUCAAAAUCGUUACAUAUCAAGCAGUUCCUUGCUCCACACACAAAAGAACAGAAUUUGAAACCAGAAUUACAACAGCUGCUGCAAUCUCUAAUUGAUAAGGUGAACGAGGCAACAGAAAAUGGUCUUAGUGAAAAUGAGAUAAAGCACAUCAAUUAUUUAUUUUCCUUAAUAGAAACAAAAGCAAUUUCUGGAGUAAUGGUAAAUCCACCCAAAUGGGUUGUAUGGGACCUUCCUGUGGAAUUAUCUUCAAUAUCCUUCUUUUCUCAAUAUUACUUUUCCCACAAGUUCAACAAAUACAAACAGAGAGCACACCAAUUACUUCAAAACGUACUUUGCAAGCAUUUGGACUCGAACAUAAUUCUUCAGUACCUGUUCAGUGAAGAAGUUACAGAUAAGCAAUUUACUGUAAUUUGUCAUUACAUUUCCAAACACAAUAUAACGUUUGGAAACGCAUUCACGACUCAAGCCUUGCUUGUAUGCAACAACCAAAAGCAGAAGGCACAAAAUUUAUGGCUUGCACAAUCAGAGGAAAUUAGUUCCAAUUUUCCACAACUCACAACAAGAGUCAUAACCAAACAUUAUUCUGACGACAUAGUUGUUCAGUUUUGUAAAAACGUUGGUGUGAAAGAGAGAAUUCCGUUCACGGUCAUAGCAGACGAGAUUGAGAAAUUGGAACAAAGUACAGAACCCAAUACUAUCAUAGAUCAACAGAUUUCUGUAUUGUAUGGAGAGUUGAGUAUUCACAGAACGAGAUUCAGCAAUUGA